AUGUCGUCGAGUUUCAACAUGGGAAACUCAGGCCUAGCUGACGACGAGCUGCUUGAUGGCAUCAACAUGGAUGAUGGCCACCAUCACAACAACAUGCACCAAGGCCAGUUCAACAACGGCAACAUGAACCAGCACUUCCUUACCCAGGGCAGCAUGCCUAUGUCCAUGGGUCAACAGCACCUGAACAACAAUAACAACUUCUACUCAUCCACACCAGAGGGUGCUCCCAUCCAGUCGCCCUUCGUCAACGACUUCAACUAUGGCCAGUUCCGUCCUCAGUACAGUGUGCCAACUACAGGCGGUUACAUGAAUGGCCUGAGCGCCCCACAGGUUCAUCAGAUGGAGCGCAAGAUAUCUGAUUCUCGCUCACCUGCCACGCCGAACACUCCUGGCAUCUCCAACUUGCAUCUCGGCGAGCCAGAAUAUCCUUCCGCGAGCAUGGGUCAACAGCCUCGCGCCAUCGUGGGUCACAGACAGAGCUCGAGUGUCAACAAUUGGGAGAAUGUGUCGAACCCUCACUCCUGGCAAGACGUCUCGCCGUUCGGCUCGCCAUCCAACCCCAUGAUGCAGCACCAGCAGCACCCUCAAAUCACCGAGGUCCUCAAGUCCUCGAAUGCAGGCGCCAAUGGCAAGAUAGCAUCGUCGUUGCCUGCAAAGAUGGAGAAUCCUCCUGCUUUCCAGACCCAAGAGGCCAAGCGAAAGCGCAGAAGAGAAUCGCACAACCUGGUUGAGCGCAGAAGACGUGACAACAUCAACGAACGUAUUCAGGAUCUCGCUAGCCUUGUCCCCAUGCACAGACUUGAGGACGAAAGAGUUCGAAAGCACCUCCAGACAAACGCUCCCCUCUCCCCCUCCAUCGUGGCUACGGGUAUGUCUCCUUCUCAGGCCACAUCUCUGUUGGCCGGAGGUAAUGGCAGGAGAGCUACAUCCGCAAGCGUUGGCACUGGCUUGCCUAUGGAUGACAAAGACAAGGGUCCUAACAAAGGCGACAUCCUCAACGGAAGCGUUGCCUGGACCAGAGACUUGUUGUGGUACUUGAAGCACACUCUCGACGAGAACGCCGAGUUGAAGGCAAGAGCCCGUGCUCGAGGUGACGAUUGGUCUGCACCCAUGACCGAAGAUGGAAGACGCAUGGAGACCGAAGUCCGUGAACUCAUGCAGAAACUCAUCGCCACCAGCAAUCUCCAGGACUACAGCAGAGGCCAUGGUUCUGGUCUCCGAGUCCCUGGUCACACCAACCUUGCUGGCGAGCCCUUACACGGACAAGAAGGCCAUUCCAACUUUGGUCAGAGCCUCAGUCCUGGCUUUCAAAGCGGCAGUGGCGGCAUCAGUCCCGUUCAAGGUUACUGGCCCUCCGCUGACGAACCCGUCUUCAAGGAAGAAGACGAGUUUACCAUCAACGACCUCUAA